CCGCAAAGGCUGCACGAGACCCGCGCGGAGAGAUGACAGAAGCGGAGCGGAGCUCGGAGAGAUAGAACUUAUUGAACCGGAGGAAGCUGGCCACGCGCGGGUUCAUCAAACAUGUGUGUACCCAUAGCGUAAUGACGUCCAUAAGGGUGAAGGCUUUCUGGAUUCAGUAAGGCAGCCUGAACAUCCCUGGAUAGAGUUCUUACUGUUGACCUCGCAGAAGGUGAAGGGAUAGGAGGGACGGCGUGAAUAGACGGAGGCCAUAUUGCAUCAUAAGAGAGCCAGCAGGCUCAGCUCUUCUCGCCGGAAAGAACGAGGCUGGAAUAAACUUCAGAACCAGACAUGGACGCAGAACCUCACUUUCAGUUUCACCUGUAAUGAUUCAACAACAGAGAUCUGGGGACCUUUCUUGGAGCUGCGAUGGGACUCCAUAAAGCCACAGACAUAAGAAGUCUCCUCUGCAGAGCUUCUCAAUCACCACAGUAGAAGACAGCGGAGAAGACCCGUUAUCUGAAAUUGAUGCCAGCGGUGUUGCGGAGGCAGCCAUUAGCUGCACCGCCAGAUCUAAAGCUGCCCAUGGAGGUGUGGCCCCGACGUUUCCAACACUGCUGCCGCUGGUAAUGCCGGCCCGGUGAACAGCAAUGCCUUCUAAGGUCUCCUGCUUGUACUUGUUGACAGUGGUAUGCUGGGCCAGCGCUCUGUGGUACCUGAGUGUGUCCCGCCCUUCUUCUUCCUACGUGGGCCAAGUGUCGAUACCGAUGCGCAAGGCACCCAAAGUGAACAAGAACUCCACCUUUGGCAACAUCCGCACGCGCACACUUAACCCGCACGACUUUGGCUACCUCAUCAACGAGGCCAAGAAAUGUGAGGCCGAGCCGCCUUUCCUCGUCAUUCUGAUCAGCACCACGCACAAGGAGUUCAACGCCCGUCAGGCCAUCAGGGAGACGUGGGGCGACGAGUCCACGUUUCCUGAGGUGCGCGUGGUCACGCUUUUCCUGCUGGGCCGAAGCACAGAUGCCGUACUCAACCAGAUGGUGGAGCAGGAGAGUCAGAUAUUUCACGAUGUCGUGGUGGAGGACUUUAUUGACUCGUACCACAACCUGACACUCAAAACGCUGAUGGGUAUGCGAUGGGUCGCCACUUUCUGCCCCAAGGCUCAAUAUGUUCUAAAGACGGACAGCGAUAUCUUUGUCAACAUGGAGAACCUCAUCUACAACCUCCUGAAGCCCACCACCAAGCCCAGGCGGAGGUAUUUCACAGGCUACGUCAUCAACGGUGGGCCAAUCAGAGACAUGCGUAGCAAGUGGUAUAUGCCCAGAGAUCUCUACCCCGAGAGCAAAUACCCACCAUUCUGCUCUGGCACUGGCUACGUCUUCUCAGCAGACGUGGCUGAGCUCAUAUACAAGACCUCCUUGCACACCAGACUGCUGCACCUGGAGGACGUGUACGUGGGAGUGUGCCUACGCAAGCUAGGCAUCCACCCCUUCCAGAACAGUGGCUUCAACCACUGGAAGAUGGCCUACAGCCUCUGCCGCUACCGCCGGGUGGUCACCGUCCACCAGAUCUCCCCUGAAGAGAUGCACCGCAUCUGGAACGACAUGACCAGCAAGAAACACCUCAAGUGUUAGCAGAUCGACUGGGCCAGCUCUCUGGAUGCCUUCAGGGCUUUUGCUCUGCUGUGGAGGCACGACCAAAGCAAACUCCUAUGGAUUACUCUAUUUGCCAAAACGUCAAGGUGUUUCAGAGCCAAGCAGAACCCUCUGGCGGUUAUGUGUCCGCGCCAGCAGUGCACGGAUUUUUCCAUGACAGGAAGCGUAAACAUGUGUUUAGCUCCUCAUUUAUACAAGGCACAGUCUGUCCCCAAUUAGCAGGAGUGCAGAUGAGCUAAACGCCAACAGACGCUCUGCUAGGCUCCGCCACUGGCUCUGAUUCUGAAUGUUCUUCAUGCAUUUGAUGUAUUUUCUGAUCCAGCUGUAGUCAUUGUGAGGACUAUUGUGGAACUAAGACGCGAUGACUUAAUGUUUAAAGUAUUAUUGUGAGAGCAUCACUGUUCAGCACAGAUAGAGGUUUCAUUUCCUGAAAGGUUAAAAGGAACAUAUCAGAGGGAAAAAUGGCUGCUAGCAUUCCCAGGUGAAUGUUGAUGUCUGAUGUGUGAAGUGCAGUGGUUUCUUUCUGGCGGUGCUGAGAGACGUCUGCAAACUACUGUGUUUUUUAUUACUUGAACAUAGAGAGCAGGAGAACUAUAUACUGAGAACAAAUCUUACUGUUUGAGUGAUUUUCUUUUUUCCAUUACUUGAAAUUAAAUAAAUCUGUUUCAUAAG